CCUUCAUUAAAGAUUGUAAAAACCCAUCAAGACCGCAAGUUACAAAACUUUUAGCAUCAUGUAUUAAAAGAAGAUUCAUUUUUUUUUUUUCCCUGGCAAAUAAAACAAGGAAAAAAAAAAAAUUACGUUCUAAGUUCAGCAAUAUUUUACCAUGUCCUUGCUAGGCUUGUUUUAUAUAUCUUUCUCCCUGUUCAGUUUUCUUCUUGCAUCAUCAGUCUCAUUGUCUCCAACUGCCGUUUACCUAUUACAGUUCUAUGACAGCCUUCCUAUAUAUUCCCAUCAUCUUUUGCCGUGGAAUCAGUCCAAUUCUCCUUCUCCAUGUCAAUGGGAAGGAGUUUCUUGCUAUCCAAACAGCACCUUUCAAUAUCAAGUCAAGGCCUUAAACCUUUCUGGGUUUGGUCUGUCCGGCAUUUUGAACAAUUCCAUUCCCUAUCUCUGCCAGCAUAAACUUUUGCUGUCUCUUGAUCUAAGCGGUAACAAUUUCACUGGUGGAAUCCCUCAGUUGCUUGGAAACUGUGGCAAGCUCAAUACCAUUCUUCUCAAUGACAAUGGCCUUAAAGGCCGAAUCCCUCCCGAGCUUUUCCAAUCCAAGAAGCUACUACGUCUUGAUUUGGGCUAUAACUCUCUGUCUGGUAAUAUUCCUGCUGAGGUAAGCUUCUGCAUCAAGCUUGAAUACGUUGGUUUUCACAACAAUUACUUGAGAGGGCAGGUUCCAAGUGAAAUGUUUACACUUCCAAAUUUGAAGUUUUUGUAUCUGAAUACAAAUAACUUAACUGGGUCUUUGCCAGAUUUUCCAAUUUCAUGUGCAAUGUUGGAUCUUUGGAUUCACGAGAAUAUUUUUUCGGGAUCUAUACCUCGUAGUCUAAGCAAUUGCCACAAUCUUUCUACGUUUAUAGCGUCCCAUAACAAAUUGGAAGGUGUUAUUCCUCCGGAGAUCUUUAAAGGUCUUUUGCAACUUGAAGUUCUUUAUCUUGAUGCAAACAAUCUUGAAGGGGAAAUCCCAGAGUCUUUGUGGGGUCUUAGAAAAUUACAAGAGCUAGUUCUUUCUGGGAACAAGCUUAAUGGAACCAUAUCUGAGAGCAUUGCACAGUGCCUUCAGUUAACUACACUAGUUAUCUCAGCAAAUAGUCUGGUGGGUCAGAUUCCUCGUUCAAUUGGAAAUCUCAAAGAUUUGAACUUUUUGUUUCUCUUUGAUAACAUGAUUGAUGGCUCUUUACCACCUGAGUUGGGUAAUUGCAGUUCACUUGCUGAAAUUAGGCUUCAGAAUAACUUCAUUGGAGGGAUAAUUCCCCAAGAAAUUUGCAACCUUGAAAAGCUUAAGGUUCUAUUUAUGUUCAAUAACAGCAUCAAAGGCACUAUUCCAAAGAAAAUAGGGGCUUUGAGCAGCCUUGUGGAGUUGGCUCUGUAUGACAACAACUUGACUGGUAUAAUCCCAUCAGAGAUAAGCCUUUUGAAGAAACUCACCUUUUUGUCUUUAGCCCACAACAGUCUCACAGGAGAGGUUCCAUCCCAGCUUGGGGAAAAAAAUUCUCCUGGUCUUGUUAAACUGGAUUUGACUGGUAAUUUGCUCUAUGGACCAAUUCCUUCUAGUAUAUGCACAGGCAAUAGACUUUCAGUUUUGGCUCUAGGAGAUAACCGUUUCAAUGGGAGUUUUCCAGCAGAAAUUGGAACAUGCUCAUCUCUCAAGAGAGUGAUUCUUAGUAACAAUCUUCUGCAAGGUAUUAUACCAGAUGAUUUGAUUCAGAACUCUCGAAUUUCUUUCUUACAAGUUCGAGAUAACUUGCUUCAAGGAGGGAUACCAUCAGUAUUUGGUUAUUGGAAGAAUCUCACUAUGCUUGAUUUAUCUGGAAACAGAUUAUCUGGUUCUAUACCUCCAGAUAUCGGAAAGCUUCAGAAUCUUCAGGUUUUUAAAGUUUCUUCAAACAGACUAACAGGAAGCAUCCCCUCUGAGCUUGGUAAAUGCACAAACUUGAUCAAGCUGGAUUUCAGCAAGAAUCAUCUUUCAGGAAACAUUCCCUCUGAGAUCACACCACUUCCGAAAUUGCAAAGUCUCCUCCUUCAAGAAAACAAACUCAGUGGACCCAUUCCUGAAACUUUAUCUGCCCUCCACAGUCUCAUCGAACUGCAGCUAGGUAGCAACAUGCUUGAAGGCUUCAUUCCUUGCAGUCUAGGUGAACUCCACCAUUUCAGUUCAAUUCUAAACUUGAGCCAUAAUAUGCUCUCCGGUAAAAUCCCAGGGUGCCUUGGCAAUCUAGACAAGUUACAAAUUCUUGAUCUUUCGAGCAACAGUUUCUCGGGCGAGUUACCAAAUGAGCUGAGCGACAUGAUCUCUCUUACCUUUGUCAACAUAUCGUUCAAUUACUUCACCGGAAAACUCCCUCCUUCUUGGCUAAAACUGGUAGCUUCUUAUCCAAGUUCUUUUCUUGGGAACCCUGAACUUUGCUUGCUAGAUAUUGAAGCAAAAUAUUGCAAGGAGACUAGAGGUGCUCCAACUAGAGGCCAAGUAGUUGCUGGUGUGGUUAUUGGUGUUGUUAUCUCAGUGGCACUUCUUUGCAUUGUGGUUUACAUAUUAAUGGUUCGAGGUCUUGGAAAGAAAUAUAAUGGCGGUGAAUCUCUUCUACAUGAAUGUCAAGCAAAAAGUGAACAUUUACCAAAGGAUUUAAAGUUUGAAGAUAUCAUGCUUGCGACCGAAGGAUGGAGUGAUAAGUAUGUGAUUGGCAGAGGAAAGCAUGGAACAGUUUACCGGACAGAAUCUCUAGACACCAGAAAGCAAUGGGCAAUCAAAAAGGUGAAUUUAUCUGAUGGAAACUUUAACCAUGAGAUGAGGACUUUGAGCUUGGUUAGACAUAGAAAUGUAGUGAGAAUGGCAGGUUAUUGCAUCAAAGACGGAUAUGGUUGCAUUGUGACUGAAUACAUGUCUGGUGGAACCCUUUUUGAUGUACUUCACUGUACUGAUCCUUGUCUGGCUUUAGACUGGGAAUCUCGAUAUCGAAUUGCUUUUGGUAUUGCACAAGGCCUUUCUUACCUUCACCAUGAUUGUGUACCUCAAAUUAUUCAUAGGGAUGUGAAAUCAGAUAACAUUUUGAUGGAUUCUGAUAUGGAACCAAAGCUUGGAGAUUUUGGGAUGGCAAAAUGGAUUAAUGACUCAGAUUCAAGCUCCACCAGGUCUGCAAUUGUAGGAACUCUGGGUUAUAUAGCACCAGAAAAUGCAUGUUCAAUUCGGGUCACAGAGAAGUGUGAUGUAUACAGCUACGGAGUCAUUUUGCUUGAGCUUCUGUGCAGAAAAUUGCCAGUUGAUCCAAGCUUUGAAGAAGGCCUUGAUAUUGUUUCCUGGACAAGGAAGAAUCUGAAGGAAAAUAAUGAUUUUGAUUGGUUCUUCGAUGAGGAAAUCAGUUAUUGGGAUGGAGAUGAACAACAAAAGGCACUUAUGCUGUUAGACCUGGCACUUGAAUGCACUGAAACAGCCGCAGACAGGAGGCCUUCAAUGAGAAAUGUUGUAGGAUACCUUAUCAAGAUGAAUGAUAAGCAUGAAAGACUCUAAAUAUUUGAUGAAUUUCAAAGCUAUAGCUUCUGAUUCAAUUUUGUUAUUUAUUGCAACUUUCACAUCGUUAUAACAUAACCUCUGGAGAAGAAACAAUCAUAAACAAGUUCCCAAACAGAAGCAUUCUUUAGCUCCCAAAUGGGGAUUAUGAGCAAACUGAUCUCUGAUAUCGCAAACAAAACAACAACAAUUUCACCAAGGCUUCAAGAGUUCAUUGCUUAAUUCAUGUAUGGCAUUAGAGGGUUUAUUUGCAGAUUUUGAGAAUUUAGAUACACAAGCUGUUUCUGCUAAAAUAUGUCUCAACUGUUAAACAGCUUAAAAUCAUACAUCAAAAUGAGUGUUUACCAGUAGUAAAUCUAUACUCAUGGAAGACUUGCGUCGAGUGGUAUGGUUUCAGCAUCAUCAAAGAACUCCUUAUCUGUUCUCCUAUACAAACUACUAAUCAGCACAGCUCAAGAUCAUAAAUCAAAAUGAAUCUAUUUUUCCAAAGUAAAUUUUUAGUCAUGGAAGACUUGCAUCUAGUGGUAUGGUUUCACUAUCGUCAAAGAACUCUAAUUUUUAGUCAUGGAAGACUUGCAUCUAGUGGUAUGGUUUCACUAUCGUCAAAAAACUCCUUAUGGCAUUCUCCUGUAAUAAACCACUAAUCAGCACAGCUACUUUUGAAUGCUCAGAAUAAAUUCAAACGAAUACCAACUUCCAUCUCAUACCAAAACGUAGAUAUUUGAGUCUCUAGUAAUUUGUUAACUCAACGGACUGUAUCAUACACAGAGCGAGCAAUCAUGAUUUUUUUAUUAGAAAGAAGAAACUACAAAGAUGCCACUUCCAGAGUGAAUAUAUAUAUAUAUAUAUAUAUAUAUAUAUAUAUAUAUAUAUAUUCUUUUGGAUUCACAA